CCAAGAGUCCACAGGACUCAAAAGACCUGACGGCAGAUGGACCGAGACAUUCAGAACAGAAACCACAAUGAAGAGGCUUGCUUUGAUCCUCAGUCUGGUCUGUGUGGCCACAGCACAGACUUCAGUGGUGGACCCCAGAGGAGCCCGUCCGGUGGUCCACGGUACUAGAGACGAGAAAUGUGCCACUCAGAAGGAAUGGCCCUUCUGCUCAGACGAUGACUGGAACUCUAAAUGCCCAUCAGGCUGCAGGAUCCAGGGUGUGAUGGAGAAGAACGACCACGAUCUGCUGAAGAAAAUUGAAAAGAUCCGCAGCCUGCUGGACCUGAACAAGGCCAAGCAACGCUCCACCGACCAGGUGUCCAGGCAGACCUACGACUACCUGAGGGAGAAGCUCACCAUAGAUUCCGGAAACGACAACACCUACUACGAUCUGGCCCAGAACCUUCGUCAGAGGAUCACAGACAUGAAGAUCAGGAUUGACAGACAGGUGAAGGUCCUGUCUGCCCUGAAGGAUCGAGUUAAAAACCAGGUCGUCGAGAUGCAGAGGCUGGAGACUGAUAUCGACAUCAAGCUUCGCUCCUGUAAAGGAUCUUGCAGCGUGCACACCGAGUACCAGGUGGACAAGGAGAGCUAUGUGGCUCUGGAUAAGCAGAUCAAUCAGCUGGAGGCUCACUCAGCCCAGAACAUCGAGUCGGUCGGGACGCUGUACGUGAUGAAGAGCAGAAGACUGAAGGAUGCAGUUGUGGACUCAGUCUUUAAAUCUAAAGAUGUAGGGGCUCAGCAGAAAGAGGACUUGUUCCCUCUGGUGAACACAGUUCAGUUGGUCUUGGAGGAGGAAGGCUCCAGCUCCUCUCCAGCAACCAUAUCUAAGGUCCCAGGUACUGCCCACUCCUCGUCUACCCCCCCUCCAUUCUCCCCCUCCUCAGGCUCAUCUAAAUCCAUCACUGAGCUCGGAGGACCAGAUGAUUUUGGCUUUGGAGGUUUUGACCUUGGCCAGCCCAGCAUAAGCCACGCGUCCUCCAAAACCGUUGGCUGCACCAAGACCAUUAAGAGGAAAGUGGUCCAAACAAAAGAUGGACCAGUAGAAACGGUAGAGGAAGGGUUCAGCGGGGGGCCAGAGUGUCAGGGGCUGACCGAGUUUACGAAGGGAGGGUUGAGCUCCUUAUUUCCAACACUUACCCAUGCAUCCUCAUCCUCCUCAAUUCAAACCAAAACCGUCCAGACGGGCAGCACUAAGGGAAGCCUGUUGGGGGACCAUAAAACUGGGUUCAUGAAUCCUUUUGGCACGGGGCUUGACCUCGGAGGGUUCAUGACGGACAACGCAGAAGAUGACGUUCCUGAUUUCCAUGCACGGAGUGUGAAGACCUCAACUGUGGAACGGCAGGAUGAUUAUGUAGGAAAAGGUACCAAAACAUCAGCUCUGGAGUAAAAUCUUCAAAACCUCAAAGGGAAAGACCAGCUAGAUAGACUUCUUUAACAGGAUCUAGCUAGCUUUAUGUACCCAAGACCAGAAGUGAAGGCAGUAUCUUUAUCUUAUUGACCAUUGAGUUUGUAGACAUUCAUAGUCUGUAUCAUAUUUGUUAGAUUAGUUGAGGUAUUUUAGCUCACUACGUUACCAAAGAACGUCAACAGAAAUUAAAGAAAAAAGUAGGCUAAUGACUCUUAUCAGUGGUCCAAACUAAGAUUGGUCUAUUGGAGUAUAAAUAAUAAAUAAUAAUAAUAAUUUUAUUUAAAGAGCGCCUUUCAGGACCUCCAAGGACAC